AGCCCAUAGUGCUCAUGAAACACGACGACGAAGCAUAGGCAGUGAUAAUGCAAGCACAGGUAGGAAACGAGCUGAUAGUUUACAUGAAGUGCUACGGCUUUUGGAAACAGGAGCUAUGCCUAGUCAGUACAUUGAAGCAUCACCACCUCGUCCUCUCUUAGCAAGAAGAUCAGCGUCGGCAACACUGAGGCAAGAUUUGAGAGAACUGAAGGAAUCUGAGAUUUGGGGGACUGCUCCAUUGCAGGUUGAUGUAUCAGACAGUUCGAGGGUCGCAAGUGAUCUCAACAUACAGCUUGAAGUCCCGAGCAUCCCGCGCUCCGAAUGCAGUGGUCUGUCGGAUUCGCCCGAUCGUCUUGUUAUCUGUGACGAUGAGGAACUCAACUCUCUGAAAGAGCCUCUUGUCAAUGUUGUGGACGCGCAUGUACCAUAUACUGCACCUGAGAUUGUGCCGGAAUCUUUGGUAUCGCCUGCAGAAACAACAUUGGUAGCGCCACUUGCAGAAACAGUGCCAAAGACUUUGUUACCGCCGCCAGAAGUAAUCUUGGUACCACCGCUUGCGAAACCAGUGCUAAAAACCGUUUUACCUCCUCCACAAGUAACCUUGGUACCACCGCUUGCGAACACGGAGUCACAUUUUGAAACUCCGAAAAAGAGGCCAACUAGAAAGAAGAGUCUUACUUCAUUGGCAACACCGACGACAAGAAAAAGAUCUGUGAAAGGGCAAAAUGCGGAAGUUGUUUCGGAAACCGCACAGAAA